CCCAUGUUAUUUCCUGGACCCGUUGGGUAGGGCAUUCAUUCCGGAGGAGGGAAACUAAAGAGCUUAAAUACCUAUUCUUUCUCCUCUUAUUUUCCACAAAUACAUACAUCACAGAGAAAGGAGAGGAUAAAGAAAAUCUCAUUUUGGCAACUAAAGUUGUCCCAGGUUACUGAACAAUGGGUGCAGGAGGUCGAAUGUCCACUCCUUCUGAGGGCAACAAGUCUCAGUCUGAUGUUCUCCAAAGAGUUCCUCAUUCUAAACCACCCUUCACAGUGGGUGACGUCAAGAAAGCCAUCCCACCCCAUUGUUUCAAGCGAUCUGUCCUACACUCUUUCUCCUUCGUUCUUUAUGACCUCGUAAUAGCCUUUCUCCUUUACUAUGUUGCAACUAACUAUUUCCAUCUCCUCCCUUACAAUUUAUCCUACGUAGCCUGGCCGCUUUACUGGAUCUGCCAAGGCUGUAAUCUAACAGGAGUUUGGGUCAUAGCACAUGAAUGUGGUCAUCAUGCCUUCAGUGACUAUCAAUGGCUUGAUGACACUGUUGGCCUUGUCCUACACUCAUCUCUACUUGUUCCCUAUUUCUCUUGGAAAUAUAGUCAUCGUCGCCAUCAUUCCAAUACAGGUUCAAUGGAUCGUGAUGAAGUAUUUGUACCAAAGUUGAAGUCGAGUAUGAAAUGGUUCUCUACUUAUCUCAACAACCCACCAGGAAGAAUCCUUAUACUUGUAGUCCAGCUCACUCUAGGCUGGCCUUUAUACCUGAUGUUUAAUGUUUCCGGGAGACCUUAUGACCGGUUUGCUUGCCAUUUCGAUCCCAAUAGCCCUAUCUACACAGAUCGUGAACGCCUUCAGAUCUUUGUAUCUGAUGCUGGUAUAUUUGCUGUACUCUAUGUACUUUACACUCUUGUGGCAGCAAAAGGACUUGCCUGGGUUGUCUGUGUUUACGGAUGUCCAUUACUCAUCGUGAAUGGAUUCCUCGUAUUGAUCACAUAUUUGCAGCACACACACCCUUCAUUGCCUCAUUAUGACACAUCGGAAUGGGACUGGUUGAGGGGUGCUCUUGCUACAGUUGACAGAGACUACGGAAUUCUCAACAAGGUAUUCCAUAACAUCACAGACACUCAUGUAGCACACCAUCUGUUUUCAACCAUGCCACAUUAUCAUGCAAUGGAAGCUACAAAGGCUAUAAAACCAAUAUUAGGUGACUAUUAUCAAUUUGAUGGGACAUCAAUUUGGAAGGCCAUGUAUAGAGAAGCUAAAGAGUGUGUUUACGUCGAGCCAGAUGAAGGUGACCAAAACAAGGGUGUCUUUUGGUAUAAAAACAAGCUUCAUUAGACUUUGCUACUAGACCAUGAGCAAGGCUGGUAAGUUUAAGUCCCCAGCUAGAAGGGAUUUGCUUCCAUUUUCUUGAAAUUUAGGCUUGUUUUGAUCGAAAGUGGAUUCCAGUUUUCGUUUAAGUAAUUUUGUUAUUUCACUGAUUUUAGACAACUGUGAAUGCUUCUUUAUUUUCCCAAGUCACAAUGUUUUGUGUAAAGGGAAAUAUGCCUAACAUAUAUUUCAAGACACCAUUUAAGUUCAA